AUGGCAAGAUCCAUAAUCCUUCAAACUCUUGGUGGCUAUUGCGAAGAGGCUUUUGCUGUGUUUAAACGAAUGGUGCUUAGUGAGGAAGCUGAGCCUAAUGAAGCAACUAUAGUAACUGUUUUAUCAGCGUGUGCCUCUAUUGGAACCUUGAGUUUGGGGCAGUGGGUGCAUUCGUAUAUUGACUCAAGACACGACCUUGUGGUUGAUGAAAAUAUUGGGAAUGCUUUGCUUAACAUGUAUGUGAAGUGUGGAGACAUGCAAAUGGGGUUUAGGGUUUUUGAUAUGAUAGUGCACAAGGAUGUUAUCUCGUGGGGCACCUUUAUUUGUGGACUAGCCAUGAACGGUUACGAGAGAAACACAUUGGAGUUGUUUUCACGCAUGUUGGUUGAAGGGGUUGAACCUGACAAUGUUACGUUUAUUGGGGUGUUGUCUGCAUGCAGCCAUGCAGGGUUGCUGAAUGAAGGGGUUAUGUUUUUCAAAGCAAUGAGGGAUUUUUACGGCAUUGUGCCGCAGAUGAGGCAUUAUGGUUGCAUGGUGGACAUGUAUGGACGUGCUGGUUUGUUUGAGGAGGCUGAGGCUCUCCUUAGAAGAAUGCCUGUUGAAGCUGAAGGGCCCAUUUGGGGGGCUCUUCUUCAGGCUUGCAAAAUUCAUAGGAAUGAGAAGAUGUCUGAAUGGAUUAGGGGACACCUCAAGGGGAAAAGUGUUGGUGUUGGUACUCUUGCUUUGCUGUCUAAUAUGUAUGCGAGUUCUGAACGGUGGGAUGAUGCUAAAAAGGUUCGGAAGAGUAUGAGAGGGACUGGAUUGAAGAAAGUGGCAGGAUGUAGCUGGGUUGAGCUAGAGAUGUCCAACAACAGAUUGGGUUCAAAUUUGUGUGCUGCCUAGUGGGGAUAAGAGAGGGUCAAUUAAGUUUUGACGUAUAGAAUGGUUCCAAGCAAUGAUGUAUAUGACUUCGUAAGAUUGAAAUUGACUAGUCUCAGCGUUUGUAUGUUGAUACGUAGAAUCAAUGUGAUUUAUUCCAUUCUUGUGCUGCCGUAUUAAGUCAGGGCAAUCCAGUGACGAAAGUGUAAUGUAUAUUCAAUAUAUAGACUUCAAAUUUCACAAGUAUAACAACGAUAUUCAGUGAGUCUUGUCCUUCUUUGUACUUUCUGGAAGACUGGAACUAGUGCAAUGUACAUGAUUAUUGUCUGCAUUUUAAAUUUU